AACCUCCUCAAGCAAUCCAAAACACAGACACAAAAAGAAAUAGAAAAGGAAAACCUGACCCCAAGGAGUGAAACCAAAACCCCAACCCUAAAAAAGCUUAUCAUAAUUCUCUUAAACCUAACCCUAAUUCUCUCUCUCUCUCUCUCUCUCUCUCUCUCUGUGAAUAAUCGGAUUGAAUCGGUUUAGCAUCUGGAGGUUGGGAAUAGGAACAACGUUGAGCGAGAUAGAGAAAGAUAUUGGUUUGAACGAUGUCUGCUGCAGUGUGCGGAAGCAAGAGAUCCUUUUUUGAAGACCUUCCUCCAUCCCCUCCUCUUUCCAAGAGGCUUCGUUGCUCUUCUUCUACCUCUCCUAUUCGUUUCGCUGCUCCUUCUCUCCUCGAUCAGUUGCGCUCCGUUUUCCCUCAUAUGGACCCUCAGCUUCUUGAGAGAGCCUUAGAAGAAUGUGGCAAUGAUAUAGAUGCUGCCAUCAAGAGCCUGCGUGAGCUUUGCCUAUCUGCAGAGGGAAAUUCUGGUCCCACCAAGAACCCAGAUGCAACUGAGGAGAAAGGUUCAUUGAAUGAUGAUGGAGAUGCUGCUGAGGAUUCAUCAGCACCAAACAACCUUCCUGUGGAUGGUGCAGAAUGGGUGGACUUGUUUGUCAGGGAGAUGAUGAGUGCUACCAGUCUGGAUGAUGCUAGAGCCCGUGCAUCAAGGAUACUUGAGGUUUUAGAGAAAUCCAUCAGUGCACAUGCUGGUGCUGAGGCAGCCCAAGCUUUUCAAAAGGAAAAUUUGCUGCUGAAGGAGCAACUUGAAGGAUUAAUAAGAGAGAAUACCAUUCUGAAACGAGCUGUAGCUAUUCAGCAUGAACGUCAAAAGGAGUAUGAGGACCGGAAUCAGGAGAUGCAACAUUUGAAGCAGGUGGUGUCUCAAUAUCAGGAGCAGUUGAGGACGCUUGAGCUGAACAACUAUGCAUUGUCGAUGCAUCUGAAGCAGGCUCAGCAAAGCAACUCAAUCCCUGGACGUUUCCAUCCUGAUGUCUUCUGAUGAAAGAUCGACGUAGUGUUUCAUAAAUAGAGUCAAGCCAUAAAUGCUGCAUUAUGCAGCCAAGUUUAAAUGUGUGUAGCUGUUGUAGAUCGAGGCUGUUGUGUAUGUCUUCAAUGUUCCAAGUUAAUGGUCAUCCAGCGUGGACUUUGUUUUUUUUUUUUUUUGGUACAAGUUUGGAUCUGCCUUAAAUUUUUGGUUUAUAAUUUAUAUCUAUUUAAUUUGGAAUCGAGAAUUUUUUACUAAUGAAAAAAGGUGGUUUUUGGGAA